AUGUCGGCGAAUCCCACACCCAAUCCCGGGUCAACCGGGCACUUCGGUCAGCCACAGGGUAUGCAACAACAGCCACAACAGCAACAACAACAACCACAGCAGCAGCAACCACAACAGCAGCAGCAACAACAACAGCAACAACCACAGCAGCAGCCGCCGCAACAACAACAGCAGCAGCAGCAACAGCAGCAGCAGCAACAGCAACAGCAGCAACAACAACAGCAACAACAACGGCAACAGCAACAGCAACCAGGACAGCCACAGUAUUUGCAGCAAUCGCAGGAACGGUUUCAGCAACAGCCGGGCGGUCGGAGUGACUCACCUAUGAAUCAACCUCCACGGUCUAAUUCGAGUACAAACCCGAAUAUGAAUCAGCAAGCGGGGUCUACAUCGAUUUUGAACCCGAAUUUGAAUAAGCCACCAGAGUCGAAUUCGAGUAUGAAUCCUAAUGUGAGAGCAUUAGGUCAGCCGCCUUCCAGUUUACCUGCCGCGUCUGCUGGCCGACAAUCACCCGCAACCCAAAAACAACCUGAAAUGGAUCAGCUGACGAGCAUGAUUCACAAUGCCAGUCUGAGUAGAGACGAGCUGACCAAGACUGUUCGAGCUCUGCCUGUGUCGCCGUCCAAUUCAGCCUCCUAUUUCCGUCCCAAUGUGGGAUCGCUGGACACGCCACCCGCCGCCAACCUGCCCAUUUCACCGUCGACUUCGUCUCUGUUCGCCAAUACACCUGCACCCUUUGUGCAACCCCAGCCCCCACCACUGCAGCCCAGGGACUCUCUCCCUGGAUCUGCUUCUCAUGACACGCUUAACCGUAGAAAUAGCAGCGGUAUGAACAAUACCGGGACGCCUAAUGGUCCGGUACAAAACGGUAUGCCGAGGGGAAGUCAGGCAGGGAACCCAUCGACGUUUGGUCAACGACAGCACACACCUGUAGCCAAUCAGAACUCAGCAACCGGAGGGGGUCUGAACGGGGCCUUUGCAGGCGCUAAUACGCCGGUUAAUGGGGGCGCAUACCCCUACCAGAAUGCACAGAAUCAGCAGUAUGGUGUGCAGCAAGCACCUGGUGCGCCAUCUCAGCAAGCAGGUUUCAACCCGUCCAUUGCGUCGGCCACACCUCAAGCUCCAGGUUUCCCCAAACCACAGAGUCCUGCCCCGGGCCCCGGACAGUAUGGGCAAACACCGCAAAGUACGUACGGUCAGCCGACAGCUCAGCCGCCACAAACACAGUACGGACAACCGUACCCCACACAGCGCACCGCCUCUCCGGGUCCGACACAGGGAUACGGUCAACCGCCAGCAUUCCCACAACCCGGCCAAGCACAGCCGCAAGCCUUUCCCGGCGCACUCAGAAAAGACUCGCCCUCGCAACAACUGGGCUAUGGUAUGCAACAAUCCAGCCAGCCACAGCAGGGAUACGGCAUGCAGCAACCGCAGCAAGGAUACGGUGCCCCGCCAGGACAGUCGAAUUACGGUCAAAACCAGCCCCAGCCCCAGCGCAUGGGUGCAGGUGCUGAAUAUGGACAGAAUCAGCCCCAAACUCAAGGUUAUGGGGCACAACAGCCAGGUAUUGCAGGCACAAUACUGUCGUCAGCCUAG